CAUUUCAUGCUGUCUGCUUACCACGGGACACAAACAACACUGUGUCUCUGAAGUGAUCUGGAAGCAUUGGAGCUGUGUGUCCUGAGGGACUCCUGGAGACCUCUGAAGCAGCAAGGGCGCAAUGAUGGAUAACCGUUUUGCUACAGCGCUAGUAAUUGCCUGUGUUCUCAGCCUCAUCUCCACCAUCUAUAUGGCAGCUUCCAUUGGCACCGACUUUUGGUACGAAUACCACACCCUGUCCCCAGCUGAGAAUGUUAGUGAAGCUGGUAGGAGCAUCUGGGAGGAAUUUGUCAGCGAAGAGGCAGAUGAGAAGACCUACACAGAUGCGCUCUUCCGGUGCAACGGCACGGUUGGAUUGUGGCGGAGGUGUAUCACUGUACCCAAAAACUCUCACUGGUACAGCCCACCAGAAACUGAUAUGACUACAAACUGCAUCAGUUUUUCUCUCUCUGAUCAGUUUAUGGAGAAGUACAUAGAGCCUGGAAAUCACAAUAGUGGCACGGAUUUGAAUCGGACUUAUCUCUGGCGAUUGCAGUUUCUCCUGCCCUUUGUCAGCCUUGGCCUCAUGUGCUUUGGGGCUCUGAUUGGGCUCUGUGCUUGUGCCUGUCGCAGCCUGUACCCUGCCAUUGCCACCGGAGUCCUCCAUUUCCUAGCAGGGCUUUGUACGCUGGGCCUGGUUGGCUGCUACGUAGCUGGGAUUGAGCUGCUCCAUAAGAAGCUGCCCCUGCCUGGUGAUGUGAGGGGUGAAUUCGGCUGGUCCUUCUGCCUGGCCUGUGUCUCGGCGCCUUUGCAGUUUAUGGCAGCUGCUCUCUUCAUCUGGGCGGCUCGCACCAACAGAAAGGAAUUCACUCUCUUGAAAGCGUACCGUGUAGCAUAAGUGCUGCUACCCAAGUAUUGGGUUUCCAUGUUAUAGCUUCUUCUCUCCCCAACCCUUACUACUUUUUUCUUUUAGUCAGAAUUUUACACUGUACUGUGUGCUUCUUGCCAGUUGAGACAAUUUAGCCUGCAGGCCCUGAAGACAAAGACCUCUGGGCUAAAUGACCAAACUCUGCCAGAAGUCUGCAGAACUUGAACAGGUUUUUAAAUUGUUUUUUUUUUUAAGAAUUAUUAUUAUUAUUAUUAUUUUUUAAGCUUCAUUUGGUUGUUGAAUAUCCCCUUGGUUAGGUGUACAUGCCCCUUCCUAAUUUUAUUACCCUGUCAGCCUGGUGGAAAUAGGAGUGGUGGUGUGGGGUGGAAGAGAUAGGAAAAGAAAAGAUGCAGGUAGGCAAGAAUGGGAACCGCAGCAGUGCACGAAUAAUAAAUAUUGGGAGCUCUCUGCUGUGUGACCCAAGCAGGCAGUACCUAUGGAGAGCACCCAAGAGACGGGGAACUCGGAAACCUCUGUUAUGGAAAUACUGUAGCUAAAUCAGCUUAGCUUUGGGUCUCUUAUUCUCACUACUUUGCUACUUUUUGUGGCUUCUGCCAAAACUGAUCCAGGCAGAGAACGGCCGGCUGUGGGAGGGAGUUCCUGCACAGCACACCAUCCUGAACGCAGGCUCUGCGCUUGCUUUUGCCGAGGAGCGGGAUAAGUUGGCCCACGUGGAGCUUUGUGCUGCUCUAGCUACACUGCUUCCAGGACCCAGGCUAGUUUGGUACUGCACUACAUGUGAUUGUGCACUCUAAUCUUAACUUGUGGUGCUUUUGCUUGCUGUGAAAUAAGGCUUUCUUCUCUCUUCUUGUGUUGAAAACAACCCCUCACAAGUUUUUUGUUUUUAAUUUGGUUUAGUGUAUGUGUGUAUAUGUACAUAUAUAAACUUAACUUUUUUUAAAGCUCACCUAUUUAUCCUAUACAGCACACAACAGGGGUUUUUUAAAAGGUGCUGCUCUUUUCCCGUCUUGCCCCAAACCUAUUGUUUAAAUGAAAUAAUAAAUAAAAAGCUCCGAAAUUUUCA